ACUAGAAACCGGAAUGACAUCAAGUACCUGUAUGUACACAGAAUUAUAAAUGUUAAAUAACCGCCAUUUGAACCUUCUUCAUUUUAACCUUGAACACGGGUGUGAACCACGUGAUUAAACAUUUUAUAUAACUUUUACUAUACACCCAACCGUAACAGCCAGCUGCUAUUUUCUAGAACCUUGCUCAAUAGUAGGUAGCUUAUUUCUAGCUUGUGAUUAAAACUGAGCUGCUUUAGGAGUAUCAACAUGAAAUACUCGUACAUUUUGCUGUUGAGUGUAAUCACUGGAUGUUUAUGUGAGGAUAAUAUUGUCCAAUUGGCACAAAAGCUGGGAGCAAAUACGUUAGUGCAACUGGUCAAGGCCGCCGGUCUAGCUGACGUUCUAUCAUCAGCAGGUCCGUUUACAGUAUUUGGUCCAACUGACGAGGCAUUCGCUAGUCUACCACCUGGUGUUGUAGAUAGUUUGAAAAAAGACCACAAACUUCUAGCUCAAGUAUUGGAGUUUCACGUUCUCAAAGGAAGCGUAUUUUCUAACCAAAUAAAAGAUGAAGGGAUUGUUCCAACGCUGAAUCCAGCUGCCAGUAUUAGAACUAACAUAUAUCCAUGGUUUGAACCAAAGUUGGUCACUGCUACAGGAAGUCCAGUAGUAUUAGCUGACCAAAAGGCAUCAAACGGAGUGAUACACGUUAUAAGUAGAGUUAUGUUUCCUCUCCCAACAGAAAACCUUGUAGCUACUGUGGCUAAAAAUAAAGAUUUAAUGACUUUGGUAAAAGCUGUUACUUUAGCCAAACUGGCCAAGACAUUGUCCGGUCCAGAUCCAUACACAUUGUUUGCACCAACAAACGAAGCCUUUGAGAAGUUACCUGCUGGAUUCCUUGAAAAGUUGUCGAAGAAUAUCACAGCUCUGACAGAAGUCUUAACAUACCACGUGAUACCACUGACCUAUUACAGCGCAGGACUUAAAAACCUAUCGGUUAAGACUGUGGAGGGAAACAAUGUAACAAUCAGAGUCAGUCCAGAUGGAGUAAAGAUAAACCAAGCAAGAGUGAUUAUAGCAGAUCAGUCUGUAUCAAACGGCGUCUUCCAUGUAAUUGAUUCUGUCCUGUGCCCUCCUGAAGUAUGCACGUCUCUGUAGUUUUACUUAUCAGAACUUAGCGAACAGAAUAGUACAUCAAAAAGUCUACCAUAAUACUUCUACAUGCUGAACAUAUGUAUUCGGAACAUUCAGGGGUUAUUGCUGUAAUACCUCUACUUUCGGAACAUUCAGUGGUUAUCACCGUUAUACCUCUACAUGCUGAACAAAUAUGUUCGGAACAUCCAGGGCUUAUUACCGUAAUACCUUUACGUACUGUAUAUAUCUGUUCGGAACAUUCAGUUGCUAUCACUGUUUUACCUCAAUAUGAUGUGCAUGAUUAUUCAUGUCUAUUAUAUUAAACUGCAGAAUCUCAUGAUCAGAACACAUAUUUGUCAACAAUCUCUAAGUAAUUUUUUUGGUAAUUAUUCUCAUUGUUGUUACAUAUUUCGUUUCGUUUUGUAUAUGAUCUUGAUAUAUUUUAUUUUUUUGUGCGUCCUGUAUAAUA